AUGGCAGUCAGAAUCUGGGUCAAGAAUCUGAAAGACGUAGCUCAUGAUGCCGAUGACGUCUUGGAGGACAUCAACUACGAAGUUCUCCGGCGUACAGUAGAAAUUCAAAACCACAUGAAGAAGAAGGAGGAGAUGCUGGUGAAGAGCAGGAACAGAGUGAUUUUAGCUUGGACUUUAGUGGCAUUAUGCUGCGGAUCGCCUGCUUCUCACAUUUUGCAUUCUCUAGGAAUUCAUGCUGCUCAUGGAUCGUUUUGGGAGUUGCUGCAUAAUUCGUAUGUGAAGGCGGGUUUAGCUACCGGAGCUUUGUUGGGACCUGGCCGUGACUUGCUUUUUGAUGGUCUGAGAGCCUUCAAGAAAGGACCACCAAACGUGAAUUCUCUUGUGGGAUUUGGAUCCCUCGCAGCUUUUACAAUUAGUGCGGUCUCGCUUCUCAACCCUGGGCUUCAAUGGGAUGCAGCGUUCUUCGAUGAGCCGGUCAUGCUUCUUGGUUUUGUGCUCCUAGGACGUUCUCUCGAGGAAAGGGCAAGGAUCAAGGCAUCUAGUGAUAUGAAUGAACUCUUGUCACUGAUAAACACACAAGCAAUACUUGUAAUUGGUUCCCCGGAAAAUGAUUCCUCCAGCAACAGUGUACUUUUCUCUGAUGCAAUAUGCGUUGAAGUCCCAACUGACGAGGUUCGGGUUGGAGACUCUGUGUUGGUUUUGCCAGGAGAAACCAUACCUGUGGAUGGAAGAGUUGUGGCUAGAAGAAGUGUUGUCGACGAAUCCAUGCUCACAGGAGAAUCACUUCCUGUAUUCAAGGAAAAAGACCUUACUGUCUCAGCUGGAACAAUAAACUGGGAUGGUCCUCUGCGGGUUGAAGCAUCUUCAACUGGCUCCAAUUCAAUGAUAUUCAAGAUCGUUCGCAUGGUUGAGGAUGCUCAAGGACAUGAAGCACCCAUACAAAGGCUUGCUGAUUCAAUAGCUGGACCUUUUGUAUACAGUAUAAUGACUCUAUCAGAUCUCUCUCUCCUCUGA